CUGUAAACAUUCAUCGAGAUGGCCAAAAAGGACACACUCCGAGCCCUCAACCCGACCGAAAAGCCCUUCAAGAAGCCGGGCAAACCGAGGAACUACGACCUCGGCAAUGGCGUCGUCCGUUUCUCCAGGACUAGGAUGUACCACAAGAAAGCCUUGUACAAGUUCAUGGGCAAGAAAGUGGCCCCAACCAAGAAGACGGUCAAGCCUCGCGUGAUCGAAAAGCCAAUCGGCGGCGAGAAAAACGGAGGCAAACGUUACGUUUUGGCCACACCACGUCCCAAGGCAUACGCUCCUGCCCGAGUUGUACGCAAGGGACCAAUGACCCAGAGCUUCCGCAACCACAAGAGGACUCUGAGGUCCACCCUGACACCCGGAACGGUGUGCAUCCUGUUGGCUGGUGUGCACAAAGGAAAGCGCGUCGUUUUGAUUAAACAACUUCACACUGGACUUCUCCUGGUUACCGGACCGUUCUCCAUCAAUGGUUGCCCCCUGAGGCGUAUCCACCAGAGGUACGUGAUCGGUACUCAGACCAAAAUUGACUUGAGUGAUGUCAAAGUCCCAGAAAACGUCAACGACAGUUUCUUCAAGAGGCAGAAGCUGAGGAAAGCCACCAAAAAGGGUGAUGAAAUUUUCAAAGUCAAAGCCCCCACCUACAAGCCAAGUGAAGAGAGGAAGAAGGUUCAAGAGGAAGUUGACAAACAAAUUUUAGCAGCAAUCAGGAAACAUGCUGACAAGAAGGUGCUCCUCGCUUACCUUUCUGCCAUGUGGGGUCUUAGAUCGUCGCAAUUCCCACACAGGCUCCAAUUCUAGACAUAAGACCGUGAUUUAUUGUAAAUUAUAAUGAAAAGGUUUAUAAUAAAUUAUGGAUAAAAUAAAGGUUUUUUUAUCCGUU